GUAUAGUGCAACCCCGUUGCCAACCCGUCUCAAGUACUUGACAUUAUGUGCAUGGUGCGCUCUCCAAGGAUUAUGCAGGUAGAUUCUUGGUGUCACCACAGACACAGCGCGGGACGGAAGAUCCGUGAAUCACGUGCCCGGAUAAUCGGAGACUGGAUGCAUGGCUUCGCACAGUUUGUAUGUCAACCUGACUUUUGUGCAGAUCAUGUGAUUAGUGAGUCAGGUUUCUGCUCUACUCAGAGAGUCUACUCCGGCUAGUGCUACAAGCCAUCCAUUGUCUGCACAGCCACAAGCCUGUCACAACACCGUGUUGUCAAAGACAAUCCAAAGAACGAACCUAUUCAAAUUCAACCAAUCCGCAACGUACCUCCUAGCAACCAACCAGUUGCAGUGUCUAAGCUGAAUGCUUAUGCCACGUUAGAGCGACUACUAGGCGCAUGCGUGGAAUAAAGUGCCGCGAAGACGCCGCACUUGUUCAAUCACAUACAUUAGAUGCUGUCGUUCCUCCACUGUCUCUCUGAGAUUCACUGUAGUGCAAUCCAUACUGUCUACUGAUUCUUUGCUUUUCCUAAGACUAAAGACUUGUGCCAAGAUGCCGUACAGAUUCCAUUCCUCAUUGCAUUCAAAUGAUGUUGUCGUGUCCUCGGACGGACGCGAAAUGACACGAGUAGCUAGUGCUACCGUCGCCACACAAACCCUACCUGCCGCUGCCGCUGCCGCUCAAACUACGCCGUCAGCUCCUGCUCCAAAAACGCAUCGAGAUCUUGAAGAAACUGUGAAGAAAUUUGCUGAUGCAGUUUCUGAGAAAGCGCGAGCGAUACAUGAGAUAUGGGCGUUGGUGUUCAACAUCCUUCAUCUCCUGCACAGUACUGGAGCAGAGAAAGUUAGAUGGACAACACCUGGUUAUACAUUCACAUGCUCCUACACACUAGGAGUCACGAUGAUAGCUGUUCUCUGCUAUUGUGGAAAACACCUUAGUGAUGAAAUGAUGCAAGGUCUUGUGGACUAUAUUCUUCACUUCAAGUCAGUUGAUGUCAAUGAAGAAGAUACCGACUUCAACUGGACACUCUUACACCAUUGCGCUGUGACAGGCAAUGCACGUUUAGCAAAACUGCUCAUCGAACGCGGCGCUUGCCUCAACGCACAGACCAGCUUGUACCGAUGGACUCCACUGCACUGUGCAGUCUUCUGGAACAAGAUCAAUGUUGUCAAGGUGAUACUGUCACAUGACAGUGACGGUGUCACCUUGGAUACUGCACUGCUUGACUUGGAUGGUUGCACAGCAUUGGACACAGCAAAGCUAUAUGGUCUUGAUGAAUGUGUGCAGCUUCUCACACAGCAUGAAGCUGACAAGGCAAAGAAGAAAAGUAAGAAGCCACUGCUGUCAUGAGAAACUGAAGUGUGAAAGCAGCUGUGACGGGCAAGCCUAGUCUGCAUAGCCACGGCGGGUGACGUCUACCUCUCGUGUGUGUGUGUGUGUGUGUGUGUGUGUGUGUGUGUGUGUGUGCGUGCAUGUGUGUGUGUGCGUGUGUGUGCGUGUGUGAGUUCAUGUGAGCACGUCUGUGUUUAGAUGCAUGGGAUUUUAGGAAAUUAGUAAACGGACUUCUUGUUGAUAAUUUGCUUCUUGGUUCUCUCAAUAUCUGCUGAAUCUGUUCCAUACAUUCUAUUCGCCAUGCUCUUUACAACUGCAAGUAAAUUUUGCGAAUAAUUUUCAUUGUCGUUGUCGUCUGGUAACAAAUUAAUUACAUCAUAGCUGAUCGUUGUCCUCCACCAGCCUGCACUGUGAACUUAGCCAGUAUAAUUAGUUUUUUGAAACUUUUUUCCCUCUAACUAAUUUUCUUAGUAUGCAGCGUUUGGCUGACUAUCGUGUGCAAUUGACCAUGCCAUUCUUUUUUAAUUGUUUCUGGCUUUUUCUUGUUUCCGUACACGUGACAAUAUUGCUGUUGCCUCAGCUUUGGUGUUUUGUAUGAUAAAUAAGUGUAAAGAUUAUUCCUGAUGAAAUUUAAACUCUCAGAUAUUCCAAAUACUCUUUCUGCUCUCAGACUAUGCUAGGUUCAAGUUUGAACUGAAGCUAGGCGGUUUACAGGAGAGUACGAGA